GAGACUUUUUUGUACGAGCAGCUGUCAAGAAGUCUAAAGGAGAUGGAACAUGGGAUGAAAGGUGGGCUGAGUCGAACCAAAAGUUCAGCGAGUGGCCUCCCCCCCAUUGGCCGGAGCUGCCGUCUAUUCCUUGAACUUCACCCCUCAACGCUCCUAGUGCCACCUCACGAACCGCGCGCCGGGACCUGAAUAGCGAACUGCCCUCCUCUCCCCCCCUCGUUGCGACGUUCCUUUUGCUCAUUAAGAGGAACGCCUCGGUUGCCCUGUAUGUAGAUCGGAUACUUUUUCUUGCCUGUUUAUUACCCAUGCUAUGCGCUGCCACUCUCGCUUCUCGACCUUUUCUCGUUUCUCGUGAACUGUUUCGCUGCUUGUUUCUCGCCCUCUUUCACCCAAAAAAGCCAUUCCUUAAGGAAAUACUGUUUCUCUCACCCUACGUCCCUCUUUGACGCAGUCUUUUUUGUGUGCUUGUAUACUCAAAACAUUCCUUUGUGAGAAGCGGCGGAUAAGGAGACUGCCUCUUGGAAGUACCAUCUGUGAUCAGAACAGUGGCAUCCCACCACGCGCAAAGUCUGUAGAUCAGCUCCUAGCAUCAUCAUGGUCCUCGUCAAGCCCGCCCUCAUCGCCUCAGUGGCUGUCGCGGCGGUCUCCGCCUUCACAUCGCCCAAAACGCUCGAUGUGAAUAACGCAGACUCCGUCAAGGCUAUUGCCGGCAGUCUGGCUUUCGGUGCCAUGUCUUACUACAACGGAAACGUCUCCAGCGAUCCCAAGAUGGUCGGCGACCUCCCGGAACCAUACUACUGGUGGCAAGCCGGCGCCCUCUGGGGCAUAAUGAUGGACUACUUCCACUACACAGGCGACGCAACCUACAACGCAGUCCUGACCCAAGCCCUGACCGCAAAAGUCAACACGGGGCCCAACUACGACUUCAUGCCCCCCGAGCACGAACUCGAAGAAGGAAACGACGACCUCGGCUUCUGGGGCUUCGCCGUCAUGUCCGCCGCCGAGCGCAACUUUCCCGACCCGGACGCCUCGACGGGGGCCCCCGCCUGGCUCCAGAUGGGCCGCAACAUCUUCAACUCCCUCGCGGGCCGCUGGAACAUGACGCACUGCGGCGGCGGCCUCCUCUGGCAAAUCUACGAGUCCAACCCCAACGGCCUCAACUACAAGAACAGCGUCAGCAACGGCGGCUUCUUCCAGCUCGGCGCCCGCCUCGCCGCCGCGACCAACGACUCCCGCUACGCAGACUGGGCCUCGUACGUCUGGGACUGGUCCGCCGCCGUCGGCUUCCUCGACGCCGACCUCAAGGUCUACGACGGCGCCGACUCGCGCGACAACUGCACCAAGACGAACUACGUCUCCUUCACCUACUCCACGGGCAUCUACCUCUACGGCGCGGCCGUCAUGGCCAACCACACGGGCGACGCCCUCUGGGCGGACCGCGCGACGAAGAUGCUCGCCACGGCGCGCAAGAGCUUCUUCUCCCUCAACGAGAACAGCACGAACAUCAUGUACGAGCCCGCGUGCGAGACGGUCGGCACCUGCAACACGGACAUGAAGACGUUCAAGGGCUACCUCUCGCGCUUCAUGUGGCAGUCCGCCGUCGUCAUGCCCGCGCUUCUGCCCGAGGUGAAAGAGAUCCUGAUCCCGAGCGCGCUCGCGGCGGCCAAAGUCUGCGAGGCCACGGCGGGCAACGUGACGUGCGGGCAAAAGUGGUACGUCGACGGCGACGACGGCAGCUACGGCCUAGGCCAGACAAUGAGCGCGCUCGAGAUUAUCCAGGGUCUCAUCGUCAGCCAGUAGGUUUUUUUGCGACAACUUCCGUUGCGAAACCAACCCUCUUUGCGUCCUUCUGCGUCCUGCGUGCGGCCAACAAGCAAACGAUAGAAAUCACCGCUGACGGGCAUCUCGUCAGCCUGACAAAUUCAACAGACAACUCGACGAGUAAUUCGACGACUGACCCGCCUCCUGCCAUCGUCCCGAACCAAAGCGGGGCAGCAAACAUGUUAUUCAAAUGUACAUACACAAGCGUCUUGGGCGCCAUGUUGCUAUUUUGGCAUUUCCGUCUUGUGUAGAAGGGAACCUAGGGAAAAUAGGCGUCACUGGCGUUUGGUUGAAGGCAUCAUUUCUGAACAUAUGAAAAAUCAUACAUACCCCUGAAAGUUUCUAAUGUUCAAGAACUCAAAUUCAAC